UAUAAGUGCGAGAUGGGUUCGUGCUGUUCGAAAAGAGAUGUAGAAAUCGAAGCGUUACCUAUGUUGAAUCAGCAAUGUAAUUUCAUAGCGACCCACGAUUUCACUCCUGACAGUAAAAACGAUUUGGAAUUGAGGAAGGGCGACAUAGUUCAGUUUAUCGACGACGAUUUUCAGGCGUCGUGGCGAAGGGCCACAAAGAACGGGGAGAUUGGUUACGUGCCGACGUGCUAUUUAGCGCAGGAAUCGAGUCUUGAGAGCGAACCUUGGUAUAUGCCGGAUCUGAAUCAGAUAUCUGCUGAGCAGUUGCUUCUUCAGAAGAACAACUCGAACGGAGCUUUCCUUGUGAGGAGAAGGUUGGAGACGGAAGACACGGCGUACGCUCUUUCGCUGCGCGAUGACGAUGAUGAGGAUACGCCAAAGGUGAAGCACUACAAGAUCUUCCACGAGAACGACAUGUACUUCGUUUCGCCCAAAAUCGAGAAGUUCACGCUGCAAGAGCUCAUCAAGUUGUAUCACAUAGAGGACGUUAAGAAUAUCCUGAUAUUGAAGCUGCUGAAGCCGUGCUGGCGCGAGGAACCGCAUCUGACCGAUCUAUCCGGGAAGUUCGUGAAAGACUGGGAGAUCGAUAGGAAAAAUGUUAAGAUCGUCAAGGCGAUCGGUAAGGGACAAGGCGGAGACAUCUUCUUAGGCAAUUGGAAGAAGAGGAAGAUUGCAGUCAAGAUUCUGCACGGACACUUCGACAAGCAAGAGUUCACCAAUGAAGUGGAGAUCAUGAAGAAGCAGACGCACAAGAACAUCGUCUCGCUGUACGGGAUUUGCACGAAGAAACAUCCGUUCCAGAUCAUGAUGGAGUACAUGGAGUAUGGGAGUCUUCAGGACUACUUGACGAAUCCACCUAAAGGUAUUACAUCGCCGAACGUGUUUCAACUGCACUACAUGAUCUGUCAGAUAGCCUCCGGCAUGGAAUACCUCGCCGGCAAUGGGAUUAUCCAUCGGGAUUUAGCAACGCGCAACGUCCUCAUCGGUCCACAUCUGCUCACGAAAAUCUCUGAUUUUGGUCUGUCGCGCUACUUGGAGAGCAAAGAGAUCUACCAGAGUCAGAUGAACAGCAAAUUACCGAUCAUGUGGUUGGCGCCGGAAAGCUUCGAAGGCUUAUUCUCGACGAAGAGCGACGUCUGGACCUUCGGUCACGUCGUCAUGGAGAUGUUCAAUGAAUGCAAGAGGCCGUACGACGAAAGUCAACCUCUCAACCAGCAGCAACUCAAAAAUCUUAUCCAAAGUGGAUACAAGAUGCCCAAACCCGCACGAAUGCCCGACUCCACUUACAGAAUACUCCUAACCUGUUGGGAACUUAAGCCCGAGGAUCGACCAUCCUUCACAGAUCUCCUAAAUUCCUUCAGCGGUCAUGAUACUUACAGCGAUCUUACAAAAAAUUAACAACUGUUCCAAUUUAUACGCAAAUAAACUUUUU